UUCGAUGGAUCGAAUAGCAAACAUCGAUGCUUCCGAUGCAUCGAUAUUUUUUCUGCAUACCUACGUUGGGCACAGCUAUACCGACGAAGUGUUUUUUUUAUCGACAAACAGCUGAUUAAUCAAUUUAUUGGAAAUAAAAAAUUACAUCGUUUUACCAGCGCAUAGAAACAUCUAUUAACUGGAUAACGAAUGUAAAAUACGAUGGCAGAUACGGAAGACACAUCUAUAACUGACAAGGAUAAUUCAAAGAUUUGUAUUCUGUUGAACGCUACUGGGAAUGUUCCAAUCAUCAAAAAACGUAAAUGGACCGUGGAUCCCAAUAAAACCGUCAGCUGGAUACAAAAGUUUAUACAUCAGUACCUUAAACUAGAUGCCAGCGAACAAAUUUUCCUUUAUGUGAAUCAGACAUUUGCACCUGCACCCGAUCAAAUUAUCAAGAAUCUUUACGAAUGCCACGGAACUAAUGGCAAGCUUGUGCUGUAUUACUGCAAGAAUCAAGCAUGGGGUUGAUAAGGUCAAUCGGCUUCAGCUAGUCUGUAAAGAUUAGAUUUAAGUUAAUAUUACGUAGAAUAUUCGAUUUAUGAUAGAUUUUACGUAUUUAUAUAUGUAUAGUAUAUAAAAUUAAUUCAAUGCAUAACUGAGCAUU